AUGGCUGACGAUAGGACCCCUUUGCUCGGCAAUGUCGCCGGUAGCAGCAGCAGCAAUGCCAUCACUUCUACACACAAGAACUCGAAGAGAGAUCGUCUCUUGAACAUGACCCCCCGUCAAAGCUUUCUCUUGCUCUUGGCCCUUGCCAUCACCACCUUCACCGGCGUGUACUUCUUGGUCAAGUGCACUCUCCCCAAGGAUGUUCCUGAGGAUCGGCGCGAGUGGCUCAAGUUCCCUAGAUCUGCAGAGGAUGUCCAGCACUGGAGCAUCCUUCUUGAGGAUUAUCUCAAGCAGCAUUACUACCAGGUCCUCUUUGUCUUCAUGACUCUCUACAUCUCGUAA